CUGCGGUAAGAACCCACACGUCCUGUGGAGCUCUCUGUGAAAAUGCAUUUGUUUGGACUUUUUUGUAAAUGUGUCGGUCACUGGCUGUCGGCCCAGUAGGCUGCAGUCCAUCUUUCAUGGUCAUGGACAGAACAAGUAGGCCUACACCUCCCUUGUAAAGUUAGGCUGUGGGACAGGAUGAAGAGCUGAGGGCAGAUGGAGGAAAGCGGCAUCUAGUGGCUUACCCACAGGAAGCAUCUUCCUCUAAGUUAAAACUUUCUAGUUGUUUGAAUGUUAGAAUAUAGUUAAGACCGGGCUAAGCUUUGUAAUUAAACACGUUUGGACCGCCUGUGCAGCGAUUUCCAUGUGCACACAUGAUAAAUAAGUAGAAAUUAUAGCCUGUGUUUUUUUGUUUUGUUUUUGAGUUGAUUUUAUUGAAGCAGAAAAUGAAGCCUGCCACCAGCGGCGCUGCAGAUCCCUUAUCAUCGUCAACAUCAUCAGCAGACAAUAGCGCAGGGGCGAGGAGGCAGCACCGGGCUCCCUCGCCGGCAAGAGCCCAGGAAGGGGCGACCAAGCGAGCUCCGAGACACCCAGGCAAGUCCAGAUCUCCUCUCCCUGCAGGAAGGAGCAGAAACACCGGGGUGAGGGAGAGUUUGAGGUCCGCUGACGGAAGGGAGAGGGAGCCCGAGAGCCGCGGCGGGGCAGCUGUUCACCCGGAUGGUGCUGAAGCUGGUGUAGUCAGACCAAACAGGGCGGAUGCUGUCGGGGAAGACCCGACAGAUUCAUCAGCAUCGGCCCGUCGCUCCGCUUUACGCCUUCAAUGCAUUAAAAGCGACUCCUCGCAGCGUCUGUUGUCCGGCAGAGCCUCGCCUUCUUUUUCUGUGGAGGAGAAACGGGAGAAGCCCGGAGAGGAAGGCGGCCGCAGGGAGAGAAGCGGCGCGUCUGUGGGCUGCGGCGCGGGCCUCGGUUUGGGUUUGUGGAGAGGGGGAUGCUUACAGGCUGAACUGAUCCAGUUCCAUCUGCAGAGGAGACUGAGAAGAAGCGGUGCGAAGAUGCAAACCAAGACGGACAACGCGGGCGCAGAGGAGGCCGCUCUGGGAGAGCCGGAGCCGGCUGCAGAGGCGACAGAGGCGGGGUCCGUGACACAGCAGGACCAGGCCUUCGAAGACGAGAUGGAGAGACUGCUUGAUGAAAAUGAAGAUCUUAAGUGUGAAAUUGAGGAGAUGAGGACCGAGAUGGACGAGAUGCGAGACACGUUCUACGAAGAGGACACUUGUCAGCUGCAGGAGAUGAGGCGUGAGCUGGAGAGAGCCAAUAAGAACUGCCGGAUCCUGCAGUAUCGUCUGAGGAAGGCUGAGAGGAAGAGGCUGCGCUACGCCCAGACAGGAGAGAUUGAUGAGGAGCUGCUCAGGAGUCUGGAGCAGGACCUGAAGGUAGCGAAGGACGUGUCUGUGAGGCUGCACCAUGAGCUGGAGAAGGUGGAGGAGAAACGCACCAAGACAGAGGAGGAGAAUGAAAAACUGAGACAGAAACUCAUAGAGGUGGAAGUGACCAAACAAGCCCUGCAGAAUGAACUAGACAAAACCAAAGAGUCCCAGAAGAGAAGAGGAAGCAAGGACAUCCAGAAGACAGACCGGAAAUCAGCACAGACUCCUACAGAGGAGGACAAUGAGGACCUUAAGUGCCAGCUAGCUUUCAUCAAAGAGGAAGCAGUGCUUAUGAGAAAGAAGACGGCCAAGAUUGACAAAGAGAAGGACCGUCUAGAGCAAGAGCUGCAGAAGUACCGCUCCUUCUAUGGUGAACUGGAUAGCACCCAUCCUAAAGGAGAGGCUGGGGGUCCGCCCACCACCCGCGAGUCAGAACUGAAGCUACGGCUCCGUCUAGUGGAGGAGGAGGCCAACAUCCUGGGGAGGAAAAUAGUUGAGUUGGAGGUUGAGAACCGUGGCCUGAGGGCCGAGCUUGAUGACCUCCGUGGUGAAGGAGAGGGCGCUGGGAGCUCUGGGUGCGGAGCGAUGGGUGGGUCGGGUGCAGGGCGAGGCCUCGGUGAUGACCUGACGGAGCUCCGACAGCAGCUGCAGUUGGUGGAGGACGAGGCAGAGCUACUGAGGAGGAACCUAGCCGAUGCUGAAGAACAAAACAAAAGAGUGACUGCUGAGCUCAACAAGUUACGGUUCAAAGCUGGCACCCACGAGGGAGGCGCCAGGCAUGGGGGAGGAGCAGGAGGUGCAGGGAUUGAUGGAGCAAAGGCAGAAGCCCUGCAGGAGGAGUUAAAGGCAGCAAGGCUGCAGAUCAAUGACCUAAGUGGCAAGGUGAUGCAGCUGCAGUACGAGAACCGUGUGCUCCUCUCCAACAUGCAGCGCUAUGACCUGGCCUCCCACCUCUCCCUGCGGCCCAGCCCACGGGACAGCGACGCAGAGAGCGAUGCCGGCGGAGCGACAAGUGGUCGCCGUGAGAGUGACGAGGACUCCACCUCCUCCCGCCUCCUCCCACCGCACCGCAAACGUGAGGGCCCUGUAGGUGGGGAAAGUGACUCAGAUGAGGUCAGAAACAAUAACGGCAGCAGCCGUUGCCUGACGCCCACACGGGGCCUCCACACCCCAACGGGGCCUGAGGGCGCCGCCUCCUCCGCCUUGGCCCGCUUCCUGCCUGGAGGCCGGUGCAGCCUGCGCGACAGGCAGCAAAUGAUUGACAUCCGUGUGGAAGCGGAGAGGCUCGUUCGGACCAUCGACCGGCUCAUCGCUGACACGGCCACUGUCAUCUCAGAGGCGAGGGUCUACGUUUCAAACGGCGACCUGAUGUUCGGGAGAGGAGGGGAGGAAGGUGGAGAGGAUGAUGGGGGCAGGAUCAGGGAGCAUGAGCUGCUGUAUCGCAUUAACGCUCAGAUGAAGGCCUUCCGAAAAGAACUGCAGGCCUUCAUAGACAGACUGGAAGUGCCGAGGCUCGAGGACAGGGAGACGGAGGAGCCACUGUCGAUGUUCCAGCCUAUCAUUUUGCUCAUCCUCAUACUUGUGUUAUUCUCAUCCCUCUCCUACGCCACCAUCUUUAAACUAGUCUUUCUUUUUACUCUUUUCUUUGUCCUGUGAUGUACGCCUCCCUUAAUACACAUCAUCCCUUGUUUGUUUUUGCUCUUUUGAUUUUUUUUUCCUCCCCGCAUCAUUUGUUGCCAAGGUAACCAAAAGCACAGGAAAAGCUGCCAAGGCUGCAGUCACACUCAAGAAAGGGUGGCUAGAUUCAACACUGGAGUCUACAUUAUCCACAACACAUCACUGUCCACAACUGCCCCCCAAGAAG